AUUGUACUUGUACCGGACUGACUGGAGUCUAAUUGUUUUUUUACCGGACUGAGAUGCCGUCUCCGAAGAAUUCUCCGUCAAGAGCGGAAGCCUUUGCCCUAUAGUCAAAAUCCGCGAGCUCUACAGUCCACACACUGUACAGGGAAUACUUGCACACAAAUCUCGCAACUUAAUUUAUAAAACUCCAACAUUUAGCCAAUGUUCAUCUCAUUUUUGUGAUAUGCUUUAACAGCUAGCGAUCAGCAAACCUAUUGUGAACGGUUAGUAUAUUUAUCAGAAGGAGAAGAGUUGAAUUCUAAUCAUGAAAGAAGUUAACAAAAGAUUUAUAAACAUCCACACCAACUACAGUCCUAUCAAUAAUAAUCUUCAUCAACAUCUGGUCCCAUCCUACCCAGCCCCCCUUGGACCCCUACCCGAGUAUGGUUAUGUGUAUUACCCCUCCUUUGAAGGAUUACCUCCUAGCUACGCCCCUGAUAUAAGCUCCUGCUACGCCCCUGACCUCCUCCAACGAAUUGGCAAGCCUCUGGAUGUUUCUGUUUACCUACCCCUCCUUCAGGAACCUCAUGAGAUUCCUCUUCUAGAUGUACCUUUAAACUAUCAGUCGGGAUCCUUCCAACAAAUGCUGGCAUUCAACCCUUUACCUCAAACCAUUCAAACACAAGGGGUUCAGGAAGUGGAAAGUGGUCUAAAAGGGUUGAUGUUGGAUGUAUUUGGAAACUAUGUUGUUCAGAAACUUCUAGAAUUUGGAGCAGAUGAAAUCAAGCAGGAAAUCCAAGCAAAGAGACUAGAUGAUAAGCUAGUUGAGUGCAUGAAGGAGCAGCAUGGAAACCAUGUGAUACAGAAAUGCGUAGAAAAGGUUGAGGAAUCAGUUCUAGAAAAUAUCAUUACAAAAUCCACGGGAAAGAUAAUUGAUAUCAGCUGUGAUCCGUACGGUUGCCGCGUCAUUCAACGAUUUCUAGAAAACGCAAACCUUCAGCAAAGACGACUAAUUCUCAACGAAGUAAAUCCAGCGAUCUACAGUUUAAUUCAGGACCAGUACGGUAACUAUAUAGUACAGCAUAUUUUGGAUCAUGGAAGCAAGGAAGAAACAGAGAAGAUUGCUCAGAGUAUCUGCGGUCACGUGGUAGAGCUGUCCCAGCACAAGUACGCAAGUAACGUGCUGGAGAAGUGUGUGGAGCGAACAGGAGAAAUCAACCGAGCCCUCUUUAUUACGGAGAUGGUCAAUUCAGGCAGCAUAAGUCCUCCAUGGAGAAGCAAUCCUAUGGAAAGAAUAUUUGGGCGAGAUUAG